GUCCAACCAGGUUCGGUUGCUCCGCACCGUUGUGAUGCUGCUCAAGUGAUGGGCGUACAGAAGGAGGAUACCCUUACGUGUUCCCACUGUACAGAGCAACAAAAAGCAAAAGAUAUUCUUUUCUGCUCGUGCCUGCUUUCUGCAGGGGCUAAAACCUCCUGGAAAUCAGCAGUUUUUUAAAUUUUCUCUCCUGCUCUUCUUUUCCUUUGUUGACAAACUGCUCCUGCGAUGCUAUUGCGGUCGCUUUAAAGGAUAAAAGAAAAAAAGCUCCUGACAGGAGGCAGAAGCAUCGCGGAUAUAUCCCCUCAUCAUUGUGCAUCACUUUAAUCCAGGUGAUCUUAUUGGAUUGAGGCUUCUUUCUUCGCAUGCAUGGUGGACUCGGACACUUUGGGGGGAAUUGCACCUGCCAUGAGAGAAAGGAGGACGAACAGAAACACAUGGAUGGAUUCACUCCCUAGACCUCACAUCGGACGGUUAAGUCUGAGCAACCUGAUCUCUCAUUGCUUCGCAUUGGAGCUUUAACAGUUUUGUGUGUUGUUUUUUUUUUUACCCGUGUGAGAGGAUGACAGCUGAUCGCUCCUCCUCUCUGCUGACCGGGAUAAAAAGGCGCUCCAACUGAGCGCGCCGCCUCCUCCUCAGCUGGGUGACAAUAGAUGGGGGCGCACAGGGUGGAACAUUUGGCUUCCUCCUCAUUAGGCUCUCAGUCCCUCAAAGAUUUCACACAGAACGUUAUUAAGCUGCCUCACUGAUUCAUUUCCCAUUUCUAAAAGAUCAGCCCCUCCAUUAAUGGGUUCACCUCUCCACAUGGAUGGAAACUUCACUUCCUCUUCUUGCUCCUCUUUAAUGCUUUGCAUUAAACCCGUGAGCGGAGGGGAUGAUCCUUGAGUGGCCGAUGAAAUAAUCAGCGUCGCGGUGUCAGCAAAGGGCUUUGAGCCCCAGGGGAUUUGGGUAGAUUAUCGCUAGAGUGCUAUUUUGCUCAUCCGGUCACACUCUCUGCGGAGCAGCAGCCUUUUUGUGAUCGCUUUGGCCAAAGUGCAUGUAAACUCUGAGAGAGGAGGAGGAGGAAAAAUAGAAAGAAGCAGGAGGGGAUUCUUAAAGCAAUGCCUCGCAUAGAGGUGUUUGGAUCCAGGUCUGAGGACGCGGCCGGUUUGCCGUCACACCGCGGAUGUUGCGGGAUUUGACGCGCCGCGGGUUGGUAGUGAGCAGUGAGCGCGUCGGGAUGCCGUUACUGUGAUUUCCUAGAGUAGACAGAGAGAGGAGUCAAACAGCGCCUUCCAGGACUGCUCUCCCCGGACCCACGUCUCCUAUCCACCGGAGGAUGUUUCAGCGAGGAUGCUGCGCUUCCCCGUGAAGAAGAUCCGGAAGCAGUUCAAGCUCCUGCUGCUGCUGGUGCUGCUCACCUCGGCCGUUUGGUUCACCUAUCUGCACAUCAACCAGGGCAAGACCAUCAAGCUGCACUUUAACUACGGAAAAGAUGGAGAGAGACAGACGGAUGGGACGGAUGCCAGCCGAAAGAGGGACGCUCGCUCCUCUGCCGGACACCACAAGAGCGAGGACACCAGUGACAGUAGGGAGGAUGAGGCAGCAGAUGAUGAGCCAAUUGUUGGAGGGGCUGGGAGCAGAUACCAAACCCACAUUCGAAAGUUUCUUAGCCAGAAACACAAGAAGUUACUAUGGAAUCCAGAGUAUAAGGGCCAAGCCAACCUACACGUAUUUGAAGACUGGUGCGGCUCCUCUAUAGACCAGCUAAGAAAGAACCUGCACUUCCCUCUCUAUCCUCAUACCAGAACCACAGUAAAGAAGCUAGCGGUGGCUCCAAAGUGGAAGAACUAUGGCUUGAGAAUAUUUGGUUUCCUUCACCCUUACAAAGACGGUGAUUUCCAGUUCUCUGUAUCGUCUGAUGAUAACUCAGAGUUCUGGUUGAGCCCUGAUGAGAGUCCUCUCAAUGCCAGACUGCUAGUUUAUGUUGGCCAGCUGGGUACAGAGUGGACUGCUCCAGGCGAGUUCACCAAGUUCAGGUCCCAGUCCUCCAAAUCUGUGCACCUGAUCUCAUCCAGGCGAUACUAUUUUGAGAUUCUUCACAAGCAGGAUGACAAGGGGUCAGAUCAUGUGGAGGUUGGGUGGCGACCAUUUCUCCCUGGUCUGAAAUAUGAAGUGAUAGACUCUGCAUACAUCUCCCUCUACACAGAUGAGUCCAGUCUGAAGAUGAACAGUGUGGAGCACAUCCCUCAGACCUUGGCCAGUCACAUACGUCUCCCAGAGGAGCUUGGGAGAGCCACCAUCACACAGCAUGGAGCGGAUAUGCUAAAGCCAGAUCCCAGGGACUCUUUUUACAGCACACCAAUGAUUGAUCCCGCUCGGCUGCAAAACGUUCUCCCAGCGUGCCUCUACUCUCCAACCUACGUAGUCAAAGAUUUCCCAAUAGCCAGAUACCAAGGCCUUCAGUUUGUCUACCUAUCUUUUGUCUACCCUAAUGACUUCACACGUCUCACCCACAUGGAACGGGAAAACAAAUGUUUCUACAGAGAAUCCCCUAUCUACUUGGAAAAAUUUGGUUUCUACAAAUAUAUGAAGAUGGAUGAGGAAGAAGAUGACAGACCGUUCUUUUUCCCCAACCCAGAUGAUUUUCUUGAGGAAGAGGAGGUGGUGGAUGCAGAAGAUGAGGCAGAGAUUGUUGGCACGCAGUCGGCUAGAAAGUCCUCUCAUCCAAGUCAGUCCAGUCUUGUGUAUAACACUUCCAAUCAGCACUCAAAAAAUGGAGCCACAGCGGUUAGCAGAGAGGAGGAGGAAGCUAAGGAGGAGCCCAAAGAAGAAGGAGAUGAGGAGGAGAUGGGAGAUGUUGAGAAUAUCGUACGCCACAGAAAAAGGAAACAGUCCUCACACAGAGAUAAGCAAAUGGAGAGAAUUCUGGACAGAGACUGGGGAAGGGAUCAUACCAACGCAAACAGAAGACAAUAUAGCAGAGAAGUACUUGAUGAAGACCAACCCAUUGCUGUGCUGCCAGAUGUGGACAGUGUGGUCAGGGGUCGCUCUUUGGCAUGGGUCUAUACAGGUCCUUCUGAAAAAGACCCAAACAAAAAAGGUAAAUCUCAAGGUGGUGAAGGAGAUCCUGAAGCGCCUCCUAAAAUCAGCAAGUCUUCACUCAUUUUCCCUCAGAGGUCCUCCCUCUCUGCACUCACCAGCAAAGCAAAGCAGAUCCUGAGCAAUUCUGCCCAUAGCAACCAACCCCAUAAUAGUAGCAACAAGCCUGUUGGGAGCAAGAAGGAGAAGAAAGAUGAGAACAAGAUCUACAUCACUAGGCCUCGGCCUGCAAAGGAGAGAGAAAAAGAAAGGGAACAGCGACGAGAAAGAAGGGAGGAGAGGGCAUCUCGUCAUCCAAGAGAGGUGUUUCCAGGAGUCUUUUUGUACCAAACUGGGAAGACUACAAAACUGGUAAACUUGGGUCCAAGAAGACAUGGUGGAAGAGGUGGCACAGGGGUGAGGCACCUUAUUGGUGCCCCUCAACUUUGGCUCAACCGGCCAACUAAAGAAAGUAAGGCAGCAGUUAACAAUAAGAGUUAUAAAAUACAGACUGAAAUGGCAGAGAAGUCCGGUAACAAAGCAGCAAUAGCAAAACAUACAGAAAAAAUAAAAAAGAGAGGGGAAUCCCAAGAUAUAGGGACUGCUGUCACAGCUGACCUGCCCGAUAAAAGGGACUUCCAAAUCCCUCUGUCCUUCCAUCAAAAGCCCCCUCCGACCCAAGCCUCUGAAACAAGGUUAAGCUAUACAGAAAAUACAAUCCACAAUCAGCUACGGGUCACUUCUUACCUUAGGACCUCAGAGAUUACAGAAUCGCAGCGUCAGCUAAACCCAGAAUCCCAUCCUGCAGACAUUGAGCAAGAUACAAACCGCUCUAAUCCUGACCCUGAUCCAGAGCAAGAGCUGGAACCAGAGGAGGGAGAAAUGUCGGACUACAGCUACGAAGAGGUGGAGGUCCGGCCAGGUUGGGCGGAGGAGAGCAUCAACUGGCAGAGGACAUUCUCAGUUAAUCCGAUGGACUUUGAGCUACUGCGGUCGGAUUGGAAUGACCUGCGCUGUAAUGUGUCUGGCAACCUCCAGCUGGCAGAGAGUGAAGUGGUGGAUGUGCUGGCACAGUACAUGGAAAAACUCAAUGAACGUAACGGAGGGAUUUACACCCUGCUGAGAAUCAUCAAUGUUGAGAAGCGUCGUGAUUCGGCGAGGGGGAACCGCUACCUGGUAGAGCUGGAGUUGAUGGAGAGAGGCCGCAGUGUGGUACGACUCUCAGAGUACAUUUACCUGUUGCUGCACCGUGGAAGACAAGGAGAAGAAAGCGUAGAGAACACAGACACUGCUCCAGCCUCUGCCCCGGCCGUGCUUCCCUCCGCACCUACAACCAGCUUCACAACCCAGCACCCGUCUCCUUCCACUAGGUCCUCACUGCGGCCUGGAGCAACACCAUGGAGCACUGCUUAUGCUAAGCCUCUUCUCUGCCAGCCUGUCAUGCUGCAGUGGAAGCGAGAUGUCAUGGUGCACUUUGUGGUGCCAGUGAAAAACCAGGCUCGUUGGGUACAGCAGUUUAUUUCGGACAUGGAAAAUCUUCACCGCCAAACAAAGGAUGACAACUUCAGCAUCAUCAUCGUCGACUUCGAGAGUGAGGACAUGGACGUGGAGCAUGCUCUCAGAGAGAGCAGUGUGCCAAAAUAUGAGUAUCUCAGAAGAGAGGGGAACUUUGAGCGCUCUGCAGGACUGCAAAUUGGAGUGGACACCAUUAAGGACAGCCACAGUAUUGUUUUCCUGUGUGAUCUGCAUAUACACUUCCCUCUCAACAUACUGGAAAGCAUCAGGAAGCACUGUGUGGAGGGACGCCUUGCGUUUGCCCCCAUCGUCAUGAGGCUGAGCUGUGGUAGUUCACCCAUGGAGCCCGAUGGUUAUUGGGAAGUUAAUGGCUUCGGUCUGUUUGGGAUUUACAAGUCAGAUUUCGACAAGAUUGGAGGAAUGAACACAGAGGAAUUCAAAGACCGCUGGGGAGGAGAAGAUUGGGAACUUCUGGAUAGAGUGCUGCAGAACGGUUUGGAAGUGGAAAGGCUACGUUUAAGGAACUUCUUUCACUACUACCACUCCAAAAGAGGCAUGUGGAAUGCUCAGAACAAGAAAACUCCAAAAGGAUAGUUGGACAUUUUGCUCAGAUUAUCCUGAAACCCACCUACAGACCCACUGUGUUACAGAGAGACUAGUAAGAGCUCACUCACUGCCUGAACUUUGCCCUUUUUCAGAACAGGCUUCAAUGAGAGGCUCUGUUUCCCUACCGGGUUCUGUUGCAAAAUUUGUCUGGGUGAGAAAACUGAGUCCAAAUGGGAGGUUUUGGGGGGGGCGUCACUCUCUCCGCAGACAGGCCUGAGUCAUCACUUCGCCUCACUGACUGAACUACUGUACAGAGAAAAGUUAUUUUUGUCUUUUUUCUCUGUUCUUUUUGGUGCAAUUUUUUUCAGACAGAAUGGAAAGAAGCUGUUUUGUGAAUGGAGGUGUGUGCGGAGGUUUGUAUGUACGGGUGUGUAUGUGUGGGUGUGCUUGGGUGUGCUUAAGAUUAAAUUAAGCACCUUUUUCUAACAUGAUGUAAAAACAACCUAAGAGCUUUUUCUAACCUGCUCUUCCAUCUGAGCUAAAUAGAAUGUCCAUCAAAUGUUAUGUAUCUGAUUCACAUCUUGUGACCUACAGAAGCUUAAGUAGAGGUAACGCAGUAUUUCUAAAUGCAUCAGCAACUACAUGCUGGAUGAUAGAGGUGCUGAUCUCUUAACUAGAUCCGUUCAUCCUCCAGUCAUUUACAUUCUUUUAUUCUUUUUAUGUUCAAAUACUUUUCAAUCCACUUAAAUAUUUCAUUGUAAUGUCAGGACAAUAAAUUACAGUACGUUCUUGUUACAAAUGGCUAUCUUUGAAAACUCUGUUUACUUAGGUCUAUGCUGCUGUUGUUUGAAUAGAAGAUUUAUUUAUCCUCAAUGAUGCAGUAACAUGAGUGGGUGCUCUUUUGUUUUGUUUUGAAUACACUUUAAGUUGUACUCUGUAACUUCGACAAACAAGAAAUAUUUUACCCCCCCCUAACUUUUUUGUGAACAGGAAAACAAAACUAUUUGUGUUAAUUUACAGUCGGCUGAGUGUUUCAUGGUGUACAGUGUUUGCCUGGCAUAUGACAAUCCUGGUAGAGAUGUAUAAAAAGCCUUUAUCUUAUUUCAAAAAACAAAAACAAUUCUAUUUUUUUAUUUAAAGUUAACUUAUUCAGUGAAGAAAAAAAGAAGUUUUGGGAAAUCUUUUAAUAAACUAUGUUUAAUGGUUAUUUAUGUGUAAACUUAGCUUCUUUGAACGCACAUCGUGCAACUUUAGGUCACCAGGGGCGCUAAACCUGUAACUGCCCGUAUUUUGCUUCUACUAAACAUCAAAAAUAAUAGCUAAGAUAUAGGAAUAUAUACUAGGAGCAAAGUGUUAACUUACCAGUCUAAUAAUAAAGUAGAGAAAAGAGAAUCAGUUUUACAUAAGGCUUCGUCUUUCAGCCUGCACCAACAAACAAACUCCUUUCCAAGAUCGACUCUUGCUUUUCCUUGCGCACUAUCCCUUUCACAUUUUCUCUUUUUAGCCUCCUCAGAAGGUUUAAACUCUUUCCUUGCCUCAGCCGUGACUAGUAGUUGAGAAGGUGGAAAAAUAGCAAAAGCCUUUAGCUCCAUGACGAUAUCAGAGCCUGUGGCCAUAAAGCAAUAUGUUCUUCCAGGUCAGUAAGUUUUACGUAAUCAAUGUGGGAUGGCUUCCAUUCAGUCUGUUAAUGAAAAGGAGGGAUGUUUAAUACAUCACUUUAAGCUGAUUGGGUGACGUGCCAGCUAGUACCUGCCUUCCAUAAAACGCUUUUAGCCAACCGUAUCAACGAAUCAUAACGUUUCCCACCUACAAGCAAGAAAUUGUCACUAUUUUAGCUAAAACUGAGUCAAUUGUGUUAUUGUCAGGUGAGUCCUCCAGCUCAGCCUUGUUUGUAAUGUGUCGUCAUUCCUACAUGUACCACCCCGAAAAACACUGCUGGCAUUUCAUUGGCCCAAGACGGCUUUAUUAGAGGGAGUCUUUCAAGAUGGAUUUGUUGUGAGACUUAGAACUCAGAUCUCGUGACAAUCCAGCUUGCAGUGUAAGGUUAAAUGAUGGUGCGUCUUCUACCAACUUACAAAAGCAGUAUUUCAAGAGGGGAGCCCCGCUCGUAGCAUUGAUGGUGUCAAGCGCUGUUUAUUGCCUGAGGAAUCAUUUAAAAUAACUCAUAUGUGUCAGCUCUUUAGUUCACAAAGUCUGCGGUGUGCCUUUAAAAAAAUAAAAUUGAAGUAGCGAUCCAUUUAUAUUUUAUGUUUAAACCUGAGACCUACCCUUCAGCUCCAUCUAUUCCACAGACGGCUGAGAAUUUACAGACACUGGACUUUUUCUCUUCAGGGUUUCCCAGGGGCAUACUGUAAAUUUGACCUAACGAUAUGCCCAUAUUUCUCCUACUGACACAAACGGUGAGCAAGAUUUUAACAAUUUGUGAAGAGUGCCACCUUUGUGAUCACAUAAGGAAUAACUGAGGUUAUAUGCUGCCAUCUAGUAAUUGUGGAAACAUACUGGAAGGCCCUUACAGCUACUCUACAUACAUCCAUCAUAACUAUGAAGUUCAACUCAACUCUGAAGGGAUUUGGUCACAUAAUUUUAAGGUUAAACUUUUACUGUAAGCUAAAAAAAAACCAAGAUGAGUUUAGCUGAGCAAACAGGAUGAAAAGACCCAGCAUUCGCUGCCACACAGGGGAUACAGUUUCUAUUUUGAAUAGCCUGGAAACCUUUGCUGACAGCAUGGCAUCACAAACUCUUAAAAAAAACAGGACAUUUUGAAGAGAAAACCCCUGGUGGGCUAUAGCAAUAAUUUGAAAACAGGUUGUCAUUUGUACUAAAUCUUCAGGCCAUAGAAUCCAUCUUCGGUCAAAUGUAAAAUAACUUGUGGGUGAGCUCAAAAAGGAGGGAGUGUUAGAUUGGAUGCAGGUUUCUGGAAACUAGAAACGUCUUUAUAAAGCAAUUUUAAUAGCAACUAACUGAGUAAAAAAAAUGUUUCUUGUUGAGGCCAUUUGCUUGGUCAUCAUACCCUGUUUAGGUUACUUCUUGGAAAUUAUUAUGCAAUCAACAAACUUUACGUGGUUGCUAUUUUGUGAGUCAGAAGCAGAAAAGUUUGAAAGUACUGAUCUGAAGAAAGUUUGAGAUACUACAUUAAAUGCCGACAAUUGUUCUUCUCAAAACUAUAUUUUCCUCACUGAAUAAUGAUUUCAAUUAAAGUAUAAGUUUCAGUUAAAGAUUUUAUUUUUAUUUUAUUUUUUUUUUUACUUUAUGUUUCAGAGUGAGACAAUGCAACUGUAAUUAAAGGUGGAUUCUCCUGGGAGCUUUUUGUACAUCUUUACUUGGAUUUAUUAAAAAAGAUAUACUGGUAAUUUUGAGAUCAAACCUAGCAGAAUGUCACAUGAACAGCUAUCAAAAACAUGAAUUGUCUUUUACAUUGAAGAAACCAGCAUCUGUGCUUAGUGUGAUGAUACUUGGCUCUUUCCAAACGUGUGCCUUUAUCAGGGUUCGGCUGCAAGCAGUUUUUUUUUUCUUUCUUCUUUUUUUACUAUUACUCUUAAACUCCAUAGAGAGCAGGGACUGAAUGACACAUAAAGUUAUUUAUCAACAGACUGUACUGUCACUGUAAACUCAGAUACACUGUAAAAUUAGGAUUUUUGUGUUUUAUAUGAUGGUUUAUUGACAUGUCAGUGUGUUUUUUUUUGUGUGUCAUGAUAAAUUAAAAAAGGAAGAUAUAAACACUGAGAAUGAGCUGGAGCAGACGGUUGAUAGAGAGUGGGGAGCAGCUGCAGUCUAACAGGAUCCCACCUGCUCUUAUUAUUUUGUCUGGGGGCCAUGCUCUUAAUGCGUCUGUUUAUGCAGCAUGGGCAUCAGCUAGAUCGGAUGUAUACUGUAAGAGCUAAAGAUAGGAUAUUGACUUUGAUUGUUAGAAUUUUAUUUCAUCUUCUACUGGAAAAAGGCCUAUACUGUACAUUAUUUAACACAGGACUAUUUAAAAAUAUAACAAAAAAAAACAAAUAAAUAAAUACAGUAUAUAUGUAAUAAAUCUUCAUAUAGGAAAAUACAUUCUGGGGUAAUUUCUGUGAAAU